AUAAAGAGGUUCAGUUGUUUUUAAACUUCUUCCACAGUACCUUCUUGGGAAUGCGGGUUUAAAAUGUCGUCUACAAAGGCCUUAUGUGUGGCUCUGAUUGUCGUCUGUUUUUUUCUAACUGUAAGCUGUAAGUUUUCCACUCUGGACCAUAUCAAACCCAAAGCUAGUGACAAGGAGCAGGCGCGAGCGGUGUCCGGGCUGCUGAGGCGGCUGCUGGGGAACAGAUCCACGGAGUUCAUAGUGUCAGUCAACAGGAGCCUCGCCAAUGACAGCCUGGAUGUUUGUGAGCUCAGAUCAGCUAAAAACAAUAAGAUUGUGGCGAUAGGCAGCACCGGAGUGGCCCUGGCUUCUGGGAUCUAUAACUACCUGAAAUAUUUUUGUAACUGCCAUGUUUCCUGGUCGGGGAAGCAGCUCGCGCUCCCAAGUCCUCUGCCUCAGCUGACAGGCGUGCUGCGCAUCAACACCCCUCACAGAUUCCGGUACUACCAGAACGUCUGCACCGUCAGUUACUCGUUUGUGUGGUGGGACUGGCCAAGAUGGGAGAAGGAAAUCGACUGGAUGGCUCUGAAUGGAAUCAAUCUGCCUCUGGCUUUCACUGGCCAAGAAGCUCUGUGGCAAGAGGUGUACCGAGCUCUUGGACUGAACGAGUCGGAGGUGGAAGAGUUCUUCUCUGGACCGGCGUUUCUUGCCUGGAACCGGAUGGCUAACAUGGACAAGUUUGGUGGGCCUCUGCCUCAGUCCUGGCAUGUGAACCAACUGUACCUCCAAUUUAAAAUCUUGGAGCGGAUGAGAGCGUUUGGAAUGAUACCUGUGCUGCCAGCCUUCUCAGGGAACGUUCCCAAAGGAAUUCUCAGGUUGUACCCGAAAGCCAAUGUCACCAGGCUGGGACCGUGGGCACAUUUCAACUGCAGCUUCUCAUGCUCCUACAUCCUGGAUCCAAGGGACCCACUUUUUCUCCAGAUUGGCACCCUCUAUCUGUCUGAGGUGGUAAAACGGUUUGGCACAGACCACAUCUAUAACACUGACACCUUCAAUGAGAUGACCCCACCUUCUUCUGACCCCACCUACCUAUCUGCAGUCAGUCGCUCUGUCUUUGCCUCAAUGACCGCCGUUGAUCCUAAUGCGAUCUGGUUGAUGCAAGGCUGGCUGUUCUUCAGCGAUCAGACGUUCUGGAAGGCGCCACAGAUCCAGGCUCUACUCCAUGGAGUUCCCCUGGGAAGGAUGAUUGUGCUGGAUCUGUUUGCAGAGGCUGAUCCAGUUUUCACAUACACAGAGUCUUUCUAUGGACAGCCCUUCAUCUGGUGUAUGCUGAACAAUUUUGGGGGGAACAAUGGGUUUUUUGGCACAAUUGAAAGCAUCAACUCAGGGCCUUUUAAAGCCUUGCACUUCCCAAACUCCACUCUGGUAGGAAUAGGCAUGACACCUGAGGGUAUUGAGCAGAAUCCAGUUAUCUAUGAGUUGAUGAGUGAACUGGCAUGGCGCAAAGAGCCAGUCAACCUUGCAAAGUGGGUGUCCCUGUAUGCAGUACGGCGCUCUGGUGGCAUGAAUGAUAACCUGACAGCUGCAUGGAAGCUCCUAUUCACCAGUGUGUAUAACUGCACCAUACCGGGUUAUGUCAAUCACAAUCACAGCCCGCUCGUUCGCAGGCCCUCUUUCCAGAUGAGAACAGACCUGUGGUAUGACCCAGCUGACCUGUUUGAAGCCUGGAGACUCUUCAUGGAAGCAGCUCCUUCUUUUAUGUCCAAAGAGACCUUCCAGUACGAUCUAGUCGAUGUGACCCGGCAGGUCCUGCAAGUUCUGACAUCGUCUUUUUACCAGGAUAUCGCAGACGCCUUCGCCAAUAAAAAAAUGCCAGAGCUGCUGACUGCGGGUGGUGUGCUGGUGUAUGACCUCCUGCCUGAACUCAACCGACUGUUGAGUAGCAACCAGAACUUCCUGUUAGGGACGUGGCUGGAGCGAGCCCAAUCCAAGGCCCUGAACGAGAGAGAGGCACAGCUUUACGAAAUGAACGCCAGAAACCAAAUCACUCUGUGGGGUCCCAGCGGCGAGAUCCUGGACUAUGCUAACAAACAGUGGGGGGGUCUUAUCGAAGACUACUACGCUCAGCGGUGGGGGUUGUUUGUCCAAACGCUUGUGGAGUGUCUGGACCGUGGACUUCCAUACAAGCAGGCGACCUUCAACCAAGCAGUUUUCCAGGUUGAACAGGGAUUCAUUUACAAUGGCAGGAAGUACCCAACCAAACCUCAGGGAGACACUUAUGAGAUCGCCCACAGAAUUUUCCUCAAGUACUACCCUCAAGCCAUGAAGAGACUACAACAACUACAACAAAUGAAAGAAAACUCUCCCAUGUCCCCUGUCCCAGGACUGUCCUAUUUAAGUGGCAAAUAGACACUGUCCACAUAUAAGCGGAAAUGAUCUGUUGGUAUGAUUUAUUGAAAUGAGCUGCUGAUUGGUGUGUGUGAUUCUAUUGGGAAUAACUGUUAAUUUACUGAUCACUUUUACAAAAAUACUUUUUUAAAAAGGAGCAUAUUAAAGCUGCAGUAUGUAAUGUUUAUAAAGAAAAAUGUUUUUUAGCAUGUUUGUUAAUCCUUCCUGCGGCCUUAGCACAAUGCUCAGGAGGACUGCGGCAAAUGUCACGGUCAGACAGCUAGAAGGGCGACCCGUCAGACCGUCAGGUCCCCGAAUCACACACAAAAGACUUCCAAUAGUGUGUCAGUGAUGGUGGGGGCUGGUGGGAGAUGAUGACUCCAUCUCUUAUGAUGACCUUAUGACAGAUUAAACUGUCACUGUGUUGAAACUGUAUAUUGUAAAACAGAAGAAAAAAAAACAUCUCAGUGCUCCUAUUGCCAACUAUAGAAAUGACUAUUUGCCCCACAAUUUGGGAACCACUGGCUUAGGGUUAAGCAAAUCCUAAAUUUCACCUAGAAUAGAAAUAAAAGCCAUGUGAAGGAAUUCAAAUAUCCCAUGGAAAGAAAUUGGAGUAACCUGAAAAUUUUUUUUAUCAAAAGUGGAAAUGAGAAUGGAAUAAUUAUUGACCUUAUUCUGUUUUUUUGCACUGUAGAAAACUUUUUCUUCCUUGAUUGAUUAAUGCCAAUAGUCAAAUACGAGCCAAAAACCAACACAAAGUAUCUCCAUCCAACAAAACCCAAAAACGUCUUGAUGCAUUUUCUCCAUUAUCAAUACAAUUUAGUGCAUUCACAACCAAACGACACAGAAACUCAGUCAUGAGGUUUUCCUUAAAGUGAUACGACCUUUGACUCGGGAUUUCAUCUUGAUUUCUCGAUAAAUGUGCCGAGGUUUCAAAGCUGCAGCAUAGCAGAGGGCAAAGAAGAGGGUGUGAGCAGCAUGUACAUGAGUUGAUUGAAAACACUAAGGACCUUCCUCUUGGCUCUGAUUGGCUGUUUCUGACAGAACUGUGUAGAUGGCUGUAGGGCCACAGGAAGCAGCAGAGGAACUUGAUUUUUCUUUUUUCUUUUUUUUUUUCUUUUUCACAUGUGGCCCUACAUGCAUACUGCAGCUUUAAUAGUUAAUGUGGUUGAAAAUGUGAAGGCUGUCAAUAAUUGUUCAAAUUAUUUAGUGGGGUUUUGAUUAAGAUAUAUAUUCACUGUUUGAGAUGAAAGUCAACUCUGUGCUUGAUGUGUUUCUGAUCAUUCCACUUUCGUUAAAUCGUGCCUGCUCACAACAAAAUCCAUCUCAGGGGACAAACUGGUUCAGUACAAUCCAUACAUCACACUAGGAGUCAGCAUGUGGUUAGUGUAACAGCCAGAGUGUGUUUCUGUCCAAACAUUUGGCUUCCUGCUCCUAUUGCUCUAUUUUCUAAAGUGAAUUGUUAAUAAUAAAUAAUUAGAUUUAGAACCAUUUUUAGAGGAAACUAUGAUAAUUUAGUGGCAAUAAUCAAGGUGAAAUUACAUUAUUUCAACGAAUGUUUAUUUCAAAAUAUUUUUUCUUCCGGCAUUUUUCUGUAAUUAAUGGAGUCAUCUUCUCCGGUUCUUAGAAAGGGAGUUAAUAUUAACCUAUUUGCACAACGUUUGAAUUGAAAACAGUGCAGCCUAGUGCAGAUUAGCUAUGAAAGGUUUCAUUUUAACUGCAAGAGAAAAAAUUAUGUUUUACAAUAUUUGUGCUUGACAGGUUGCAUCCUCUCAACAGAAUCCCACAUCAGCCAUGGCUAACUCUCCCUGUCAGCCCCAGUUAGCUGGUUCACCUCUUCACAUCGUGCAGGAGCCCAUCAUGCUCAGCACUGAGUUAGUGCAUGAAAAUCUGCAGAACACAGAAUACUGUGCAAAGGUUUUUCGGUCACAGAAACACUUCAGAUGUAGCCUAGCUAAUACUGAAGGUCCAUGUUCUGUCAGGGCCGUAGUAGUGAUAGAGUAGGUUUCUCUCUAGCUGCUGUGUUUUUAGUCGUUGUGCCACAUUGAAGUUGAAGUUGUGAUCAUCCAAUGAUAUUUUGAAUUUUCUGCCAGGUAUGCUGCCUUCAUUUCCUAUUUAGAUGGAAAUCUAAUUCAAUUUUUAUUUUCUGUUGGUGGGGAGGGAUCUUUUUUCUGUUUAUUAAUAUUUAGAAAUAAAUUUUAUUACAUAUUUUUGAAUGACUUUUCAUUCAAGUCAAAAUGAUUUUUUCUAUGAUUACAUUGCAUAAUAAAAUAUUUUGAAGACAA